UUCAAUUUUCGGUGUUGUCAGCUGCCCGUAUUCUGACGUCAACUUGAACAAAGAACGUAUCUUACCGGAUCGUUUAAGUGGAGAGAUGCCACUAGCCAGUCCAUCUGUCCCCAAGAACAGAAAGACAGAAGUAAAUGAAAGAUCAGCCUCUCCUGUAAUCAAUGACAGAAAAUGUCCUAGCCCUGGUCACACUGGCUCAAAAUCUUCAGCUCAUAACCGAUCAUCUGGGAAAUCUGUGUCAGAGACAACAAAGCAAGAAGAUACGGAAAAUAAAUCUCCUUGCAAAGAGCUUCUAUUAUGUGAUGCCAAAGACAAGAAACCCUCUAGAGGAGGGCAGCAAGCUAAGGACUCUGCUGAAAAGGAAGAGUGUGAAGAAGAGAAGACAGAAAAUGAGCUGUCAACCUUAAAUGAAACUAGAGACAUAGAAGAACCCAGCAGCCAGAAGCCUCUUCCUCAGCCAGUUUUCUUGUCUUCCAAGUUCCAAAUCCCAUGCCUACCCUUGCGCUGGGAACAGCAAAGCAAGCUCCUUCCAAGUGUGGCUGGAAUCCCUGCCAGUAAAGUUUCCAAAUGGAGUACAGAUGAGGUUUCUGAAUUCAUACGGAGCUUACCAGGAUGUGAAGAACAUGGCAAGGUGUUCAAAGACGAGCAAAUUGAUGGAGAAGCAUUUCUACUAAUGACCCAAGCAGACAUAGUCAAGAUAAUGAGCAUUAAACUGGGACCAGCCCUAAAAAUCUUCAAUUCCAUUCUGAUGUUCAAAGCUGCAGAGAAAAACUCACACAAUGAACUUUGAGAUGAAUGGAAAUUGUUUAGAAGCCAGUUUUCUCCGCUGGAACUCAUGUUUUAUUCAAAGCACAAAGACUUGCUAGAAUUGUCAAGUAAGAACUCUAAGAAAGGAAGAAAAAUUAGUCAGCACUGGUGGACUAUUUAUACUCCGAGAGCCAGUACACCUGAACUCUUCUGGAAUGUGUUUGAGCUUUUAACAAGGUACUGUAUAACAACUGCAUCAGCUAGUCUUAUUUGCCAUACGUAUGGCGCUGAUUCUCUCAUGAACUGUUAGUAUUUCUAAUUUUAUUCAGGCGUCAAGAAAACCUUCACUAAUUAUUUAUCCUAUAUUAAAAUAAGAAAAAUGUUAAUAUGAUCUAAGAAUUCCUGAAGUAUAUUUCACAUAUCCGUUUUCCUUUUCAGUAGCCUUCACUUCCUAUUAUCAAAACAAAACUGAUUAGCCAAAAAUUAGGCUACAAGUAGCCAGCUGAGACUGUUAUGGCUAAUGUUAAUUUUGUACCAUAAUUUAAAAUGCAGUGCUUAUGCUACAUAAGUAACACUUUGCUACAGUGUAUAACUUUACAGUUUAUAAAAUUGUCGACUUGCUAGUAAAACAUUUGGGGUUGAAAUUAGCUUUUUUGAUAACUGAAUGUUUUUACUUUUGCACGAUACAAAAAUGUUGAGUUUUUUCCACCAGCAUCUUUAGUGUAACUUACCAAAAGACCAAUAAAGGAGAUGACUGCGACUGAAAAAUAAAGCUUAAUUUCCAUAGAAUACCUUUGGUCAUGUUGCACCAUGGUGCUCCCAUCUUUCUACAUAAGGGAGCCCACUAUGUUAUACAGCACAUGAAGGAACAUUAUAUAUAUAUAUAGGCAAGAAUAUAAACAAAAACGGAAAAUAUUUUCCUAAAUCUGUUUAUGCUAAUCUCUAGUAGUUAUUGCAAUAAUGGAAAAGAAUGGAAUGCUGAGAUGGGACCUCAAAGAUUUCACACUCAUGAGCCCCUUGAAAGUCACCAUGAUUCAAGAAAAAUCUUUGCAGGCAGAGGAGUGAUUAAAGUGAGUAAGAAAAGGGAUAUUCAAAAGGAGUGUGGUGCUCACUAGUUAAGGCAUAGAUUUCACCAGUUUGUUAGCAGGACUAAGGUGUCCUACAGCAGGCAUUUAGGUAAGAGACUCUUCUUGAAGGAUUGUUAUGAGCAUUUGGCAGGUAAGGUGUUGCACUCAGUAUAUAAAUCACAAUAUAGAGCAGAUGCACUUUAAGAUAGAAAAGGCCUAGCUACCUGAAAACUGAGGACUGACCUGGAACAUUCCUGGUGAGAAUUUUCUUCACAGGAGGAGGGUGGUUAGUUGGAGAAGUUUUCCCCAUACAAUCUCUUAUUCCUGGUCUUUUUGGGGGCGGAGGGGAGGGGAAGGAGGAGAACAUUCAGCUUUUUAAUUCAGAACAAAUAGAACAUUUCUGUCACACACAAGUCUGGGAAAAUCUUCCUAUCAUUUUUCCUAAUUUCUCUUUCAUGAGGUGAAAUUCCUCAAAGGUUUUCAAGAGCUCCGUGUGCCACUUGCAGAACAGUUAGGUGACUGGUACCUGCCAUAAUUCCAAGUAAAACAGUGUCAGUCUGACGUAAGUUGCAUUGCUCUAUAAUCUCCUUCCAUAGCAUUGCAUAAAUAAUAUUUUUAUAUUUUGUUCAAAAUUUGUACACUUGAACUGCAAUCUUAUUGUAUCAACAAUACAAAAUAAAAUUUGAAUUGGAGAAGCUUGUUAUGUUCGUGUACUUCACAAUUGAACUGUUCAGUCUGACAAUGUGGAUGUUGUUAAAAUGAAAGCCUUAUUCAAUAGAUUACAAAUACUUUUUCCCUCUUACCUUUAAUAAGAGGAUUUUUAAUGGUGUUUGUGCCAUGGUAUUAAGCAGGCUGAGGUCUCUGUAUACCUAAUCCUCAAUAUUGUUUAACACUGUUUAAUGUUAGACAGUGAUUAGGACCUAAAGUGUUAAUAAAUAUACAGAAGCUGGCAUCUUGGCAUAGGAGAUGUUUGUUUUAAAAUUCUUAAAUGUUUUGAGCUUGUUAGCUUUGCAUGUUUCUCUUGAACUUUUAAUGUUUUUGCUUUUAAAAAAACUUGUUUUAAAGAUUUUUUGUAUCUUUUAACAGACUUUUUUUUGGUGGGUGGGAGGCAUCUUUUAUUUUGAUGUUGGGGUUUAAAGGUUCAACAAAAAAGUGUUUCAGAAAAAACAAAAGUGGUCAAAUGAAGUGUUGAAGGUUAAAUUGCUAAAGCAGACUUUUACUUAACAACUUUGAUAACCCGCUUGUUAACAAAAUGCCAGCUUGAUUCAGGGCUGCUACUGCAUUAACUGUGAAUUAAAUCUCAAAGCACCAGAACCCAAACUUUUUGUAAUUGUUUUUGAAAAUUUUUCCCCUUGUUUUUGCAGUGUUUUUUUCCAGAUUUCAAUGUCAAUUUAAAAAAUAUUGCUGUUCUGUGCACAUGAGAUGGCACAGUCCAACUCUUGGAGGUUAGAUUCCCAUGACGGGCCCGCAACUGGUGGUGGUAAAAGAAUUGGACAGGAUCUGCCCAACUAAAAUGCAUGUGGAUUUUUACCACCUUUCGGUGUUGCAAAUGGCUCAUGAAUGCAAAAUUGUUUCCAAAAGAACAUAAUUUUGUUGCUGCUUUUUAAAGGAAGCAACACACUUGGGUAAGAAUGCCAUCAGGCCUAACAUUUUUCUCCAAGUGAGCAAGUUUAACCACUAGUGCAUAACAUUUUCAUGGUUUAUGUAAAUUUACAGCUUUAACUGUGUAAGCGGCAAAAGAUGGGAGAAGUUUUUUCUAUCUUGACCCAUCCUAGACAUACAGCCAAAGAAGUGAUUGAUAGGAGUCUGGUUUGUUCUUAAAACUACUGCUGUUAUAUGUUUGUAAGAUGUUUGUUUUGUUUUAGCAACAAAUGAAGUGAGUUGUAAGUUCUUAAACUGUGUUAACAUCUGAA